AUGGGAGACUACAAGAUAAAGUCUGUUGCGGUCGUUGGAGCCGGAGCUGCCGGCGCUAUCUCGGCAGCAGCUCUGAAGGCAGAGAAUUACUUCGACCGUAUCCGAGUAUUUGAACGCAGAGAAACACCCGGAGGCACUUGGAUUUACGAUGCGGAUCCCAAGGUCGCUCCUAUCCAGCCUGGAGGCUUCCCAGCGGAUAUUGAUAAGCCACUCGCGAUUCCACAAAACCUGCCGACCACGAGGCCCCCAGAUCAGCAGGAAAGAUACGCCGAUACACCUAUCUACCAGAAUCUCACAACUAAUGUGCCUCAAAUCGCGAUGUCCUUCUCGGAUCAGCCGUUUUCGUAUGGGCCUUUCGUUCCUCAUUACGUUCCUCGCCAAUACAUAGAAACAUACUUCUCGACCCACAAGACUGACGAAUAUUUAUCUCUGAAUACUACAGUAGAAGAUAUCUCCCAGUUACCUGCCGCUACAAAAGGAGGACUGAAGUCAUGGAGAUUGACAUUGCGCAGAUAUGACCCUCUACGCCACGUUGAUGUAUGGUGGCAAGAAGACUUCGACGCAGUGAUACUGGCCAACGGGCACUAUGCCAUUCCAUGGGUUCCGCAUGUCCAAGGCUUGGAGGCUUACAUGGAGAAAUUCCCUGGUAGAGUGAUACACUCCAAAUUCUAUCGCUCACCUUGGAUAUACGUCAAUAAAAGAGUCCUGGUAAUUGGAAACUCAGCUUCUGGUCAUGAUAUAGCAGUGGAUCUUCUCCAGUCUGUCCACCAACCGCUCUACCAGUCACGACGAUCUCGAGGAAGAUUAGAUGGUAACGAGCCGCCGUUGGGAAUGGAGUGGAGAACAGUAAUCAAAGAGUAUCAGCUCGACGGCACAAUCGUGUUCGAUGAUGGGAGCGAACUCAAAGAUAUUGAUCACAUCCUCUACUGUACAGGAUAUCUUCCGUCUUAUCCGUUUUGGAACAGCAAGGUCAACGGUCGUCCACUAUUCGAUUAUAAGAAUAGAAAGCUUAUCAACAACUACUGGCAUACAUUCUUUCAAGAUAUACCAAAUUUGGCAGUUGUCGGUAUGCCUCGCGUCUUGACAUUCCGAAGCUUCGAAUACCAGGCUAUAGCGCUUGCGCGACUCUUCUCAGGGAGAAACUCUAUUCCUCUUCCUCUGAAGGAAGAACAAAAGAAAUGGGAAAUUAACAGAGAGAAGCUUUGUCGACAGCAAGGACGAAAGUUUCACGAGAUAGAGUGGGAGACUGGUGAGACAUUCAGAUGGUUGGAGGGGUUCUUCCAGAUCGCAGGGCUGGGAACACUGUCCGGGGAGGGCAGAAUACCUCCUGUCUUGAGCAAAGAUCUUAUUUGGGCUAUAGAACAUGUGAGAAAGUACCCAGAGCCAGGGAAGGAUAGUCACUACGAGAGGAUAGAAGAGUCUGAAUCUGAACAUGAUGGUUGGGAUUUGGUUGAAAGCACGCAUAAAGAUCUCUUGUCUUUCAUCUAA